AUGUCUAUUACAUUAAAGAAUGUUUUUGCACCAACACCAACAGUAACUCGUGGUAAAUCAGUAUUUGUAAAUGCUGAUCCAAAGGGUACCAAUUUGGUUUAUGCAUGUGGUAAUGCAAUUAUUAUUAGAAAUAUAAAGGAUGCUACUGUUGCAGAUAUCUAUUAUGAACAUCCAGCAGCCACUACCGUUGCACGUUAUUCACCAUCGGGAUUCUAUAUUGCUUCGGGUGAUGUUCAAGGUAACUUGCGUAUUUGGGACACAGUCGGAAAGGAGCACAUCUUGAAGAUCACAUUGAAGGUUUUGGGUGGUGCCAUCUUGGAUUUGGCAUGGAGUGCAGACUCACAGCGUUUGGUUGUCGUCGGUGACGGUAAGGAGCGUUUCGGUGCCGCCGUCUUCUGGGACUCUGGUGCCAGUUGCGGUGAGAUAAUCGGUCACUCCAAGUUGAUCCAGACCGUUGACAUCAAGUCGUCGCGUCCAUUCCGUGCCAUGACCGGUUCAGAAGAUUUCAACGUCAACUGGUUCGAAGGUCCACCAUUCAAAUUCAACAAGAUGGCUGCCACCUUUGGUCGUUUCGUCAACUGCGUGCGUUUCUCACCAAACGGAGACAAGGUUGUCGCCGUCAGUUCCGACAAGACCGGUGUCAUUUUCGACGGUAAGACCGGUGACAAGUUGGUUGACCUCCAGGGUGGUCAUGCCGGUGGAAUCUACGGUGCUUCGUGGUCGGCCGACAACGCUCGUAUCCUCACAUCCUCGGCAGACAAAACCUGCAAGGUCUGGGAUGCCACUACUGGUGCCUGUCUCAAGACUUUCACUUUCGGUGACACCACCAACGACCAACAACUCGGAUGUCUCUGGAUCAACGACUCGUUGAUCUCUGUCAACUUGGACGGUGAGAUCUCAUUCCUCGACGAAGCCAACGUCUCCAAGCCAUCAAAGGUAUUGAAGGGACACAACAGAAGUAUUGGUGCCAUCGCUUACGAUCCAACCACCAAGACUGUUUUCUCAUCGUCGAUCGACGGUGUCUUGUACCAAUGGGAUCUCCACACCGGUAUCGCCACUCCAUUCACCGGUGUCGCUCACAAGAAUCAAGUCACUCAAAUCCAAAUCUCUGGUGACUCCAUUAUCACUUGCGCCAAGGACGACAGCGUCAAGAUCUCAACCAUCUCCAGCCGUACCUACGGUCCAUCGAUUGGAAUCGAUUCGCCAGCUGUAGGUGUCUCUGUUGCCGGUGACGUUGUCGUUGCCGCCUCCAUGAAAUCGAUCUACGUUAUCCGUGCCGGAAAGUUGGUAUCGACCACCGCUGCCGCCUGGGAGCCAACCAGCAUCUCCAUCAACACCAACCAAAAGGAGGUUGCCGUCGGUGGAAAGGACAACAAAGUACAUCUCUACAACUUGGCCGGUGACAAACUCACUGACGCCGGCGCUUUGGAGCACCACCGUAAUUUCGUGACCGCCGUCACCUACUCGCCAUGCGGAACACUCUUGGCUACCGGUUGCGCCAAUCGUUCCAUCAUGGUCUGGCAAGGAAAGACCGAGAAGGUCAGCGGUUGGGUCAAUCACUCUGCCCGUAUCAACUCACUCUCAUGGACUGCCAACUCGAAUCACCUCGUUUCCGCAUCGCUCGACGGUUGCGUAUUUGUAUGGGAUGUAGUCAAGGGAGAUCAACCAAUUCAACUCAAGAAUGCUCAUCCAGGUGGUGUCAACAUUGCCGUUUGGACCAGCCCAAGUCAAUUUGUUUCAGCCGGUAACGACGGUGCCAUGAAAUUCUUUGAUGUCACCUUCAAAUAA